AUGAUUGGAGCCGAACGAUAUUCAUCGAUGAGACUUGCUACCAACUGCUUAGAAAUACCGUUCGUCGAUGGUCAAGAAAUCCAAGAGCUGAAAUGCAGUACACGACAAGUUUCGAAACGAUUGAUCCAACAUAAACAAAUAGCAGCAACAUCUUUACAAUCGAGUACUAUAUCAACAACACAAGCUGCAACAUCAAGUACAAUUACAGGUUCAACACUUUUGUCUUUACCAUCACAACAAAAGAUCACGAGACAAUCAAAGAUGAAUAUAACAUUAACAUCAUCACAGUUUGAUUCAAAUAUACCUAUGGACGGAUACACAAUAAUACAAAAUCAAAUGUUACAUUCUCUUAUGUGCAAGACAAAUUGUGAAGGUUGUGGAAAACGUUGGAAUGGAACAUUAAACAUUUACAAGCGUGAAGGUUUAUUUCUGAUAUUAUCGUUUCAAUGUUCAACAUGUCAAAACAUCAUCACUGUUGAAACAAGUCCGAAGAUUGUUGAAUCCGAUCGUCGAGACAUCAACGUUAGAGCACAAAUAGGUGGUCAUUUAUGUGGUAUUAGACAUACUGGAUUAGUGAAAAUGACUGGUGCUUUGAAUUUACCAAGUCCGGUUCAAGAUGCAAUAUAUUCCAAAUGGGAUAGAAAUCUGCUACAGGUGGUAAAAACAUUUUCUGAACGGUCUAUGAAGAAAGCUGCGGAAGAAACUAUUGCUGCUCAAAAUGGUACAGAUUUAAUCGUUAGUGGUGAUGGAUUUUGA